AUGGAUACCAUAGCUCACCAUACUUUCUAUUUGGCUAAAGAUUUAUAUAAUCAACUCAACGAACUGCAACAUCCUAAUGGAGAGAAGGCAGUUGUACUAUACAUGGAUACAGACUUUUCAGAUCUAGAAACACAAGGGGGGAUAGUUACAUUUAAUCUUCUCAGAGAAGACGGAUCUUAUGUUGGAUAUGUGGAGUUUCAAAAUAUGGCAGACCUUUUUAACAUUAAUGUAAGAACAGGUUGCUUUUGCAAUUCUGGUUCAUGCCAGAGACAUCUAACAGUUUCCAACAAAGAAAUGAAAGAAAUGUACAAAGCUGGUCAUAAAUGUGGUGAUGAAAUAGACUUGAUCAAUGGACACCCAACAGGUGCUAUAAGGAUGUGUAUGAUAAAACCGGAGAUAGAUCUAAAACAUAAACUGUUGACACUGCAUUUUAAAGGGAAAACUCCAAUAACUAUACCAUUAGAUCCAAAUAUAGAAAACAAAAGUAAAUCUGCAACACCAUGCACUAGUAAAGUGUGCAUGGAUAUGGUUAAAGGAGGAAACCUUAUUAUUGAUACAACUGAUGAAUUAGUCGAAAGGGAAUGGCAAAAGUUGACAAUAGGAAAGCAUGAAUUUAAAGUGGAAGGACCAUGUCAACGAUGCCACAUGAUUUGCAUUGAUCAAGAAACUGGAGAAAAGACUGCAGAACCAUUGAGAACCAUAUCUGAACAGUUUGCAGUUAUA